GAGAAAAGUGCAAUACUUCAUCGAUGAAAGAAACUAGUGAUAAAGCUAGUAUCAACUGUCAAAGAAAAUUUCCCGAGGGCAUUUCAUCUUGCCAACAAUACUUAUCGUCACCGAAUUAUCGCCUAGUUGGCAAGGGAAAAGUGCACAACACUUUGGGAGAUUUACUUCACCAUAGACCGCUCCCAGAUGGACACCUGAAAGUAUCAGUUGAUGUUGUAUUAGAUCAUGAUGCGGUGCUACCGGUACCUGACAUGGUCUCACAGACAACAUUGUUGCGAGAUGCAAUAGGGUCAUUUAUUGCAUGGCACUCGGAGCUCAUUUUCAUUGGUGAUGAGACUACUCCUACAAAACCCGCAAUUAAGGGUAAAGGGAUUUUGCAGGAGGACGAGUCUGUUGCAUCACUAAAAGAGGUAUCUGCUCGAGGGUCACAACAAGUGACGCAGCAAGUUCGUAGCGUACCGCCCAAGGAAAAGGGUCCUCCGAAGGCCGUGGCAAAAAGAGGUGCUUUUGUGCCUCGAUACCGGCAUACGCUCGGAACACUUGUUGAUAUGUCAGAUUUGACGACAGGUGCUAUCCGUGAAAUUAGUAUGGAUGAAGCAGUCUUUGGUAUUGAAUUCCCCAAAAAUGUUUCACUAGAUGACAUGAAAGAGAUUUUUACCCAUGACUAA